AUGUUUACCAACUCACUAUGGAAGUUCAUCACAUUGGCAUUGCUCAUGAUCUCAGGAGUUCUUGCCAAUGAGCACCGCAACUGCUAUUGCAAAAUCAACAACGUUCCCAACAACUGCCUGACACAAAAGGCAUGCGAACACUACAAAGCAAACGAAAAGAUCUUUGAGAAAGACAGCCCGGAAUCAGUACAAGUCAAGAUGAUGUGGACAAUUUGCGCGACGAUAGCACCGAAAGAUGGAGGCCGCAUGCAAUUUGUCACUGGAUUUGGCGGAAACGAGUUUGAGGAUUCAUGUAAAGCGGCCAUCGCCUCAGGGCAGUGCCCGGGUUCGGAUGGCGACCUGAAGUCGCAGUGCCCCGACUAA